GUUUGUUUUAUGGCUGACUUAGGGAUUGUUGGUUGCGGUUGGAUUGAAUGCCCUUCUGGUAAAUACGAUAUUGUCCCAGAGAACAAACAAACAACUUGUUCACAAUUCGAAGUUUUUAAUUCGAAUUUAGUCAUUAAUUAUUUUAUUAAGUUAAUGAUUUCUGUUGAUUUCUUAUUAGCUCACGAUGCAAGUUCACAUGAAUGGUCAGGUGUUGCACCAUUACGAACAUUGAGUUUGGAUAUUGAAUGUUUGGGACAACAAGGGACUUUCCCAGAUGCUUCCCGAGAUCCAAUUAUUCAAAUUGCAAAUAUGGUUAAGUUGGAAGGGGAGUCAGAGCCUUUUAUUCGUAAUUGUUUUGUAUUGGGAACUUGUGAAUCGAUUGUUGGGUCUGAAGUAAUUGAAUGUCGUAAUGAAGUGGAGCUACUCUCUAAAUGGUCAGAUUUUGUUAGAACUGUUGACCCAGAUGUAAUUACUGGGUAUAAUAUUCAAAAUUUUGAUUUGCCUUAUAUAAUGGAUCGAGCAAAACAUUUGAAGAUUGAUGGACGUGUUUGUUACUUAAGUCGUGUUAAAGGUAAUAUUUGCAAACAAAGGGAUGUCAGUCUUCAAUCAAAACAAAUGGGUAAUCGAGUAAAUAAAAUGUGUUCAAUGGAUGGACGUAUUAUAUUUGAUGUGUUACAAUUGAUAUUACGUGACUAUAAACUUCGUAGUUAUACAUUAAAUAAUGUUAGUUAUUUCUUUCUUGGAGAGCAGAAGGAGGAUGUUGCUUAUAAUUUUAUACCCGAACUUCAGGCAGGAACUGCGAAGGAUAGAAGACGUUUAGCCGUUUAUUGUAUGAAAGAUGCUUAUUUGCCUAUCCGUUUGUUGGAUAAACUUAUGCUUUUUAUUAAUUAUAUGGAAAUGGCUCGUGUUACUGGUGUUCCUUUAAGUUUCCUUAUUUCAAGAGGACAACAAGUUAAAAUUCUUUCCAUGUUAAUUCGAAAGACUCGAGAAAAAAACAUUUUCCUUCCAGUAAUUGAUGUGGGGGAUGGCGGAGAUGAAAUUGGAUAUGAAGGUGCUACUGUUAUUGAACCAGUCUGUGAUUUUUACAACGAGCCUAUCUCUACUUUAGACUUUGCUUCGCUGUAUCCGUCAAUUAUGAUUGCUCACAAUCUUUGUUAUACAACUUUAAUGAAAACUGCUCCACCUGAAAAUGAAAUGGUAGAGGGUGUUGACUAUAUAAAAACUCCUUCUGGGGAUCUUUUUGUUUCAGCAAAGCAUCGUAAAGGAUUAUUACCUCAAGUACUUGAAGAAUUAUUGGCAGCUAGAAAAAAGGCAAAAGAGGCUCUGAAAAAGGAAACUGACCCUUUAAAAAAAAUGGUAUUAGAUGGACGACAAUUAGCAUUAAAAAUAAGUGCUAAUUCUGUUUAUGGAUUUACUGGUGCUUCUAAAGGAAAAUUACCAUGUUCUGAAGUUGCUCAAUCUGUUACAGCAUUUGGACGACAAAUGAUUGAAUUAACAAAGAAAGAAGUUGAAAGUUAUUACAAAACUGGGGCGGUUGAUGGUCUUUGCCCUAUUGAUGCAAAAGUUAUUUAUGGAGAUACAGAUUCUGUAAUGGUUAAAUUUGGUGUUAAAACAAUUGGAGAGGCAAUGACUUUAGGGAAACAUGCUGCACAAGAAAUUAGUAAAAGAUUUCUGAAACCAAUUAAAUUGGAAUUUGAAAAAGUUUAUUUCCCUUAUUUGUUGAUAAAUAAAAAACGUUAUGCUGGAUUAUUCUGGACUAAAGAGGAAAAACAUGAUAAAAUGGAUUGUAAAGGGUUAGAAACUGUUCGGAGAGAUAAUUGCCCUUUAGUUGCUUGUGUAUUAAAUUCUUGUUUAGAAAAAUUGUUAAUUGAACGAGAUAAAGAUGGAGCAAUUAGAUAUGCAAAGGGUGUUAUUUCUGAUUUGUUAAAUGACCGUAUAGAUAUUUCUAUGCUUACAAUAACUAAAGAAUUGACUAAAAAAGGCGAGAAAUAUGCAGCAAAACAAGCACAUGUGGAACUAGCUGAACGAAUGCGUAAACGCGAUCCCGGGUCAGCACCUCGUCUUGGUGAUCGUGUUCCUUAUGUAAUUAUUAAUAAAGGAGCAAAUGUUCCAGCAUAUGAGAAAGCAGAAGAUCCAAUAUGGGUUCUUAAAAAUAACAUUCCAAUUGAUACGACCUAUUAUUUGGAGCAUCAACUUGUAAAGCCUAUGGCACGUAUUUUUGAUCCACUUUUGGAUAAUCGAGCAGAACAAAUUUUUACUAGUGGAGAUCACACAAAGAAAAAAACAAUGGUUAAAUUAAAAAGUGGUUUAAUGGCUGGAUAUUUGGUAAAGAAAGCAACAUGUUUAGGAUGUAAAGCACCAAUGAAUUUUAAAGAAGAACAAGCACCAGCAACGUGUUCAAAUUGUGUUGGAAAGAUGAGAGAAAUUUAUUUAGAGAAAAUUGUUGCUAUUCGUUCUGCCGAACAUCGAUUUAGUAGAUUAUGGACAGAAUGUCAAAAUUGUGCGGGUCUUUUACAAGACGAGGUUUUUUGUGCUAGCCGGGAUUGCCCAAUAUUUUACAUGAGAGAAAAAGUACGAAAUGAUUUGGAGGAUUUAGAGAAAAUGUUUAGACGCUUUCAAAUUCAUUCAAAACAAAUACCUAUUCUUGAACAAAAAGAAGUUGAAAGUGAAAAUAAUGAAUGA